AUGCGUCUCUCGCCACUCCUCGCUUUACUCCCAGCCUUAGCCGCUGCUCAGAAUCAGAUUCCCUUUGGGGAACAGAUUAAGGGUUGGCUCAACAAGGCCAAAGCUUAUAUACCCAGUGCAAAUCCGGCUGCUCCCGUGGAGGAGGCCGCCGAGAAGGUUGUGGAAAAGACCGUCACACCGUUGAAUCUGAGCAACUGGCAAUCCAUAUUGGAGCCGUCGUCGCAGCCUCAAGACUGGCUCAUUUUCAUUACCGGUGGGAACAAGACCUGCUUUGGUCGCUGUGGCACAGCAGAGAAGGCCUUCAACGAACGUGUUCUCUGUUCAAUCUGGGCUGCCGGGACCCCAACAAUAUGGCAUCUGCAACUUCCCGAGGCCCAAGCUGGGGAGCCUCGUCCUGCUGCGCCUCUGCACAUUGUCUACCUGAACACGACCACGGUUACUCCAGAAACUAUCUACAAAAUUCACUCCGAGAAGACUUAUGAGAAGGAUGCUCCUUACGAGGGUGCACUUCAUCCACUUGAUGGUUGGCUUGCGAAAUACGGGUUGAAUGUGCCACUGGGAUAUGUCAUGUAUGGCUUUUCACUGAUUCCCAGCUGGCUUUUCAUGAUUGCUAUCAGUUUCUUCAGCAGGACCAUUAUGGGCCGUCGACUGGCGAACCCGGGGGCGAUAGCCGGCCGCCAACAACAAGCCGGUGGUAAUAACUAG